GUGCGGUCGACAUUGCAGGACAUGAUCCGAAAGUCUGUGGCAAAGAUCAAGUCGAGCAUUCCAGCCGGCGCGGCUGACGAUGUGGCAGCCUUUCUGGCGGAUCAACUCUCGGCAGCGAACAGGAAUGCCGCUGGCAACAGUGGGCAAGCCCCCGAUUUCACAGCGCAAGCCGCUUUCGCGUCAGUGCUUGAAAAUGUUCCGAAGAAGCUUGGCGGACCAGACACAUUGCGAGACGUCACCUUGGCCGACCUCAUGUUCACGAUGGCUGAUGUCAUUUACGAACACGUCCCAACAGCCGUGCCGAGUCUGGCUGCCGCCGUGGUGAUUAAAUUUGCUGAACACGACAGACUGUCGCCCGAAAUCAAGGAGACUAGCGGCCCUCCAGUGCCGUCAUACUACCACUUCCUCUGCGUGGCCGAGAACAAUGGCAAUGAAGGAGAUGCGAACGAGUCAAAGACUCUGAAGCCCAACAAUGAUACCCUUCAAACUUUGUCUUGCGUCCGUGGGAUGUACAUGCUGAAUGCUUUGCAGGCGCAGAUAUGCAGAGUAGCCAGUGACUUGUGCACAUGUGGUGAAGUUGCCAGUUAUCUUGUGGCGCAGGCUCUAUUGAAACGAUUGUCGAAGGAUCAAGUAUGGAGCGACUUCACCUCGGCCAAGAUGUUGCGUUGCUUGCAGCUCAUGCAGUCGGCAGCUGAUGCUAGCGGAAGCAGCGGGACGAUUCCAACGCCUGUGCUGGCAAUGGAGUCACUGUUGACGGCAAUGGUUGCUGACGAAAGCGACUGGUCCACUUGUUGGACAAAGUACCUGCGAUAUGCCAUGGAGCACGACAAGAUUCCUGGGUCGCUCAAGGAUGUGUGUUUGUCAGUACCACGUCAUCUGCAGUACAUGCUUGAUGCAUCUCUCGCAAACAUCGGUGUGAAAGCUGAAGACGAUGGUGACUCCGCCGAAGUUGGCGAGACAAAGAAAGACGCAGCCACACUCAUUCCAGAGUGGAAGCCAGG